AUGUCCGGCGUUAGAGUGUACAACAUGUCAUGGAAGGCACCAGGCCGGUCUUUUACUGGCUCGCCUUACGUACAACUAAACUUCACUGGCUGUGACUUCGAUGCUUAUCAUGUGGAUGACGUUCACUCAAGGACUUUGAUAUGUAGUGUUACCUGCCCCAGCGAAGGGAUCGCGGAAACCGUUGCCAAGCAUCAGUGCAACGGCACCGGGUGCUGCAGCCAUACUCAAGAAACUACAUAUCAAGAAAGUGAUAUUUCCAGCUUGAACCUCCAGUUCGUCAGGAACGAUAACAAGCUUGAAGACAGACCUGAUGAUGCUGAAGCACAACCAUCUAACCUGAGCUCUCUAUGGUCCAGAAUCAGCAUUGAAACCGAUUCCAUGCUGCUUUAUUGGGGUGUCCUACUGGAUAAUCACCAAAACUGUGCCGCUGCGUCGGAGAACAAGACCAGCUACGCUUGUGUGAGCGAGCACAGCACAUGCUCAUCUAAUGUGUACGGGAUUUACCCUACAUACUUGUGCAUGUGCGCUGAUGGGUAUGUCGGCAAUCCUUAUGUGCAUGCAUAUGCUGGUGGUUGCUUGCCUGAUCAUAGAGUGUAUAAUCCAAAACCACGGAAGGUGAAUUGUCGUCGAUCAUGUGGGAACAUCAGUGUUCCAUUCCCAUUCGGCCUAGAAGAAGGCUGCUCUGGAAGAGAAGAAUUUCAGCUCAACUGCACUGAAGUGGCAUCCUCAACGCUUACAUUUCUAUGGAAUCAAUACGUUGUGUCAGACCUCAAUAUUGGCAAAGGCGUCCUGGUCGCUAGCGUUAACAGUUCUAUGGAAGCAAGAGAUCGUUCUGGUCCUUUCUACACUGCUUCUGUAGUCACUGAGGAUUUUCAUUGGGCGGUCCCACUAUUGGUAUAUGACUUUGUUCCCAAUGGUUUGCUAUUCCAAAUUCUUCAUUCAAGUACAUUUAGCGACUUCUCUUUGUCCUGGGAUGAUUGCCUAAGAGUUGCCACCGAAGCUGCAGGAGCUCUUUGUUAUAUUCACUUUGCAGCUUCUGUAUCAGUCUUCCAUCGUGAUGUCAAGUCAUCUAAUAUACUCCUUGAUGCAAACUACACCGCUAAAGUUUCAGACUUUGGAGCUUCUAGAUUGGUUCCUAUUGAUCAAACCCAUAUCUCUACACAUGUUCAAGGCACAUUUGGUUACUUAGAUCCGGAGUACUACCAUACUGGGCAGUUAAAUGAAAAGAGCGAUGUAUAUAGUUUUGGAGUAGUUAUUUUGGAGCUCCUCCUACAUAAGGAACCUAUUUUCACUGAUGAGUCAGGUUUAAGGCAAAACUUGUCAAGUUACUUUCUAUGUGAGUUGAAGUCAAGGCCACUUGAGGAGAUAGUUGCUGCUCACAUUCGCGAAGAGGCAACCAAGGAAGAGAUAGAAAGUGUUGCAUCCCUUGCUGAGAUGUGUUUGAAACUUAAAGGUGAAGAUAGACCUACGAUGAAGCAAGUUGAGAUAGCAUUGCAUGCUGUGCAAAUGAAAAGGUCAAAGUUGUGA